AUUUUGUCACAUGACCAUGAAUCUCAAAUCAAUUGAAUAUUUGAAGUCAUUCUUCCAAAUCCAGAUUGAUCCAUCCAAACAUUGAGGGGAGAAAUUUGAAACCUAACUUACAUGUGUGUUUGUGUGUGUAUCAGCUGCCUAUAUAUACUUGGCUUUGGUGUCCAUUUGAUGCUAAAAGACCACAAGAACUACAUCAAAUAUGGAUACAAUGAAGCAAAAGUACCAUCAUCACCAUGUCCAAAGGAAACAAGGUGGCAUCAUCACUAUGCCAUUCAUCUUCGCAAAUGAAAUAUGUGAGAAAUUGGCUGUGGUUGGCUUUGGUACCAACAUGAUCAGCUACUUAACAAGCCAGCUGCAUCUGCCAAUGACUAAGGCAGCCAACACUCUCACCAACUUCGGAGGAACUGCAGCCAUGACACCGUUGCUCGGGGCGUUCAUCGCAGAUGCCUUUGCGGGAAGGUUUUGGACCAUAACAAUUGCUUCAAUUAUAUACCAAAUAGGGAUGAUCAGCUUGACACUAUCAGCGGUGCUGCCAAACUUUAGGCCUCCACCCUGUAAACAUGACCAAAUUUGUGAAGAAGCUGAUUCAGGCCAACUUGCUAUACUCUAUGUUUCGCUCUUGCUAACGGCCUUAGGCUCAGGGGGGAUUCGGCCCUGUGUCGUUUCAUUUGGGGCCGACCAAUUUGAUGAAAAUGACCCUGAGCAGAAGACCACAACUUGGAAGUUCUUCAACUGGUACUACUUCUGCAUGGGGGCAUCCAUCCUUGUGGCUACCACGGUUAUCGUUUACGUUCAAGAUAACGUCGGAUGGGGUUGGGGACUUGGAAUUCCAACAGCUGCUAUGUUUCUUUCGAUUAUCGCGUUUAUAUUUGGCUUCCCUUUGUACCGGAAAGUGGAUCCUGCCGGCAGCCCAUUUACGAGGCUGCUGCAGGUCUGCAUGGCGGCGUACAGGAAGAGAAAUGUGCCUAUGGUUUCUGACCAUAAGAUGUUGUAUCAAAAUGAGGAUCUUGAUGCUGCUAUCUCUGUUGGUGGCGAACUUGUUCAUACCAAAAGCAUGAAGUUCUUGGACAAGGCUGCCAUUGUAACUGAGGAUGACAACCUCAAGGCCCCCAACCCCUGGAAGCUCAGCACUGUCCACCGUGUUGAAGAACUGAAAUCCCUGAUCCGAAUGGGGCCAAUAUGGGCCGCCGGCAUCCUCCUCAUCACAGCUUCCGCCCAGCAAAACACCUUCUCCCUCCAGCAGGCCAAGUCUAUGGACAGACACCUCACAAAACAUUUCCAAAUCCCAGCUGCAUCAAUGAGUGUCUUCACUCAGACAUCUAUGCUAUCCACCAUUGUCUUCUACGACCGUCUUUUCGUCCCCCUAAUGCGCAAAUUCACUGGCCUAGAACGCGGGAUCUCAUUCCUAACACGAAUGGGGAUAGGCUUCGUUAUAUCGUUGCUAGCCACAUUUGCUGCAGGCUUCAUCGAGAUCAGGCGUAAGCAUGCUGCAUCGGCCUACGGCCUAAUCGACCAUCCUCAGACAACUAUCCCAAUCUCCGUCUUUUGGUUAAUGCCACAGUAUUGUCUCCACGGAAUAGCUGAAGCCUUCAUGUCAAUCGGGCACCUCGAGUUUUUCUACGAUCAGGCACCCGAGAGCAUGAGGAGCACCGCGACCGCAUUAUUUUGGCUCUCAAUCUCAGCCGGGAGUUAUACAAGCACGCUCUUGGUUACUCUUGUGCACAAGUUUACUGCAGGAAAGAACGGAUCGAACUGGCUGCCGGAUGACAAUCUGAACAAAGGCAAAUUGGAGUAUUUCUACUGGUUGAUCACACUGUUGCAGCUCGUGAACUUGAUUUAUUACCUGCUUUGUGCCAAGUUCUACACACUGAAGCCAAUUCAGGUUCAUCAAGCAGUUGAUGAGAGCGAAAACAAAGAUGAGAUUGAGCUGACAGACCAUGUUUAACAGCACAUAUAUGUAGUGGGACAUGAUCAAGAAUUUAGCUUAGCUUCUGAUUUUCCUAGAAUGAAUCUUGUGUAUGUAUGUAUGAUCUAAAGAGAGUGAGUUUGCUAUAUGUUUAAGGCUUUUUUGAGCAGAAUGAAGCGAACAUAUUUGCAGACCAUCAGCAAAUGUUCCGAUUGGGUUGAUGUUUCAUGAACUAGGUGCAACUUUGAGCCCAAGAUAAGUUGAUGAA